AUGUCAGCGGGCUUGGUCUUCGUGCAAGCUGACCAUGAUUUGGUUGUAAAUAAAGUUAUACCUAUUUUGAAGCGAAGAGAUAUCAGCGAAGAGCCAGCCCUAUCUGAGCAGUCUGAGCAAGAAAGCGCUGAAGAUCUGCCAGACACAGAGCCAGAGGUCCCGGGGCAUACCCUCAUCCAGCCAGAGGAGGGGAUGCUGCAGUCUUCGCAGAAAUACCCUCAGGAUAGUGUGGGGAGAAACGUCUAUGGGAACUUGGGACAGCUAAGCAUCACGUAUGGAAAGACUCCCCAACGAAUACUGUACACGGGUUUCAGAAAGGCUAACAGUUUAUUGGAAUCCACUAUUCUUCAAGCUAUAGUAAACAUUCAAAAGCAAAACAGGGACAAAGACGUGAUUGUAAUAGAGAUCGGACCUCCGUAUGAAAGACAAUUUGCAUCCACGUUACAAAAAGAAGCACAACACAAAUCGGUUUCGGACGAGGAAAACAAUGCCAGUGAAAUCUUAGACGAGUCUUCGUCGCUCGAGUCGGAGGACAAUGACCCCAGAAGAACAAACAACCGAUACAAAUACAGGGACCGUGACAAACUACACGGGUCCACAAGCUCAGAAACCAGCAACGAAACUGAGUCAGAGUCGGACAGUUCUGACUACGAUAAGAAUCCGGGGAACCCCUACACUUUGCACAAGGAGAAAUACAAGCAGAAUUACUUGUGGAACCAUUUCAUGGACGGCAAUCAUAUGAACAUUAACCCAUCGGGCCCGAUGUUCGGUAUACCUGGCCCGAACGGUGUCGAUUUGUUCUUUGGAAGAAAAUGGUGGUAUUUCAACCAGGACGACUACAAACCGUUAAGAUAAUAAAAGUGGUGAUAAAUAAAGAAUAUUCUCACGCCCCUGCGUUUCCCUUCACAAACAGUUUCUGCCGAACACCCAUAAACUAAACCUUCACAAAUCAUUCGAAAAGUCCAAAGACGAAUACGUUUUAAGACUUUCUCAUACAGGGUGUUCUAUAUAAAUGGCAUGGCAGGAUUGAUUCAAUAUUUAUUUAUUUAAAAACUUUAUUGCACACACAUAAAAACAGUACAAAAUACGAACUUAAUGCCAUGUGGCAUCAUCUACCAGCUAACCAUAAUUAUAAAACUGAAGCUCAGAAUCUUUUCAGAAAAAAACGCGUUUAU